AUGGAUGAGAGAUGGAUAGCUGCUGUUGUCAUAUUUGUGAUGUCGCUUCUUGGACUGCUUCUCAAUAUGACAGUGGCCAUCUUUGCCAGUAAAGUGACUUCCCUAAAAAAUGCAUUUGGUCGACUUUGCGUUAGCCAAGCCGCUGGAGAGACUGUAUUCUGUUGUACAUACCUUUUCUAUUACUCUCCCAUGGUCUUUUUGUAA